AUGAAUGACAUCUUGCUCGUUUAUACCACUCCUGACAGUCUUCGAAAGCCGCCGGCUAUUGAGAAUCUCAUCGUCCGAUACAGGUCAGCUUGGUGGCCAGACAAGGGCAUGCUCCAAAAUCUUCAUCGGAUGAAGAUGAUCUGCCAAAUGUCUGGGACGGAGAGACGCUUGCUCGACAAGAUUAAAUUUCCCCUCCCGAAUCAUACAUCCGAUUUGCUUUGGCACGUCAAAGCCCAGACUAUAACCACACCGCACAUCGAUUGUGGGCUUGCUUGUCCAAAUUUACCACAUGGCCACCGUGGCAGGAGUAUUAUCUUCGUGAUUGCAAAGCCAAUCGGUUUCGGUGCAGCCCAUGACAUCGAGAAAAUUAGGCGUUGGGGCUUGAAAUUCGGAUACGGCAUGACCAAGACCAAGGCCCGUCACGAUAGUAGCGCUCGCCACGAUACGAACACGACGUGGGAGGAGAAGAAGAAGAAGAAGAAGAAGAAAAGAAGGACAAAACUCCCAAGCCGUAUAAAGCCAUGGCCAGGCCUGUCUCAGAAGAUCAGCAGCCCAGCCGCUGCCAUCAUCCGACGGGUGCUGCAUCGGCUUGUGAUUGUCGAAGAUGUGAUUUCUAUCACCAUUGAGUCUGUCUCAGAGGAGCAGAAAGCUGGCGUGGGGGUUUGA